CUUGAUUGUAUUCUCUUCGUGAUAGUUUCAUUAUAGUUAUUCUCUCAGUCACAAUGAGUGUCGCAGAUAGUGGCUCCUCCGUUACCCAUUCGUCCGACAGGACAGGCACCCCUGACCUACGCCUUAUCCAUUACAAUGACGUGUAUCACGUUGAACCAGGCUCUGCAGAACCAGUCGGCGGCGUUUCUCGGUUUCAAUCUGUUAUCAACUAUUACCGAUCGGAUCCCCGCUUCGCCGACCAGCCCGCCCCCCUCACCUUCUUUUCCGGAGAUGCCUUCAACCCCAGCCUGGAAAGCACAGUGACAAAGGGGCGGCACAUGGUACCCUUCCUUAACAAAGCUGGAACUGAUGUUGCUUGUAUCGGGAAUCACGACCUAGAUUUCGGUGUCGCACAGCUCCGCCAUCUCCGCAGCCAAUGCAAAUUUCCCUGGCUCCUUGCGAAUGUUCUUGAUCCCGCGCUGGGCGAGGGUGUCCCGAUUGCCAAUUGUGAGAAGACGUGUAUGUUGACCUCGUCGAAUGGGAUCAAGAUUGGCGUCAUAGGUCUCGGCGAAAGAGAAUGGCUCGCAACGAUCAACGCGCUUCCUCCUAACCUCAUCUACAAAUCCGCCUCGCAGACUGCCAUGGAACUCGUCCCGCAGCUUCGCGAACAAGGUGCAGAGAUUAUCGUGGCGGUCACCCAUCAACGAGAACCCAACGACUACAAAUUGGCCGAAAAGAUCCCGUACGGCAUGAUCGACAUUAUCCUGGGCGGCCACGACCAUUUCUACGGGCAUGCAUUCCUUAACGGCGUGCACGUCUUGCGCUCCGGGACCGACUUCAAACAACUGAGCUACAUCGAGGCGUGGCGCAAACAGGAUGGCCCCGGAUGGGACUUCAGUAUCCUUCGCCGGGACAUGAUCCGUGCGAUUCCGGAGGACCCGGCGGCGGUGGCACUGGUUGCUAAACUGACCUCGAGCCUGAAGGCGAAGCUGGAAAAACCCGUCGGAUACACCGCGCGCCCGCUGGAUGGACGCUUCUCGACCGUGCGGCAACGGGAAUCGAACCUGGGGAAUUUUGUCUGUGACUUGAUGCGCUUCUACUACGGCGCAGACUGUGCCAUGAUGGCCGGCGGCACCAUCCGCGGUGACCAGAUAUACCCACCCGGGGUCCUGCGCCUCAGGGACCUUCUCAACUGCUUCCCAUUUGAGGACCCGGUGGUUCUGAUCCGCGCCUCCGGCAAGGCGAUCAUGGACGCGUUGGAGAAUGGCGUCAGCCUGCUGCCGGCACUAGAAGGUCGAUUCCCACAGGUUUCCAACAUCUCGUUCAGCUACAACCCCUCCGCACCGGCCGGCUCGCGCAUCAACUGGGCCAAACUGGGCGGUCAGCCCAUCGACUUCGACCGUGACUACCUCCUCGCAACCCGGGGAUACAUGGCGCGUGGAAAGGACGGGUUCAUGUCUCUGCUCGUGAAAUCCGAGGGCGGCCAAGUGGAGGAAGUCGUCGACGAGGAGAGCGGCGUGCUGGUCAGCACCCUCCUGCGUCAGUACUUUUUGAGUCUGCGUGUCAUGGGCCGCUGGCAGCGCUGGAGCAACAGUCUCAAUCGCCACUGGACAGACGUGCACAAGAGCCUCCACAGCGACGGCUGGCUGGUUCCUGCAGCGGGACCAGUCUCUUCUGCCCCCGAGAAGGUCCCUCCCCGACCCACCCUCCAGCGGACCAACCAAUACUACCAGUACAGUCGGUACGAAAUUCCCACCUACCCAGAAACGCAAGACAAGGACGCCCAAGCACCGAAAGAAGAGGACGAAGAUAUGGACUCCGAUUCCGACACCGACCCCGAACUCCUCACCUCCUCCACCACCUCUUCCACCAACUACGUCACCCUCCCCGCGCAGUCCACCGACGACGAGCAGCGACGGCUGCGCCUCGCCCGCCGUGUCGUCCGCAAGUGGAUGGACCGUGCGGGCUUGAAGCCUGCUACCCUGGACGACGUCGAUACGCGGGGGUUCGUCCCGAAUUGGACCAUUGGUAUUGCGCCCCGGUUGGAGGGGCGCAUUGUCAUCGAGGAUGGUAGCCAGAAGUGAAGUCGAUGGCCGCGUCGUUGUGAUGUUGAAUUGGAUAUGCAUUUGGAUAUGGGUGUGUGGUAUAGAUAA